CUAAAAUUGCCUUUGAAAUGGUGGCACAAAGAGAAAAUCAAUUCUGCUUUAGCCACUGAAAGAGAGAGAUGGAGUCGGAGAAAGUGGAAAAAGUGGUACCGGAGGUGGAGGAGCUGCCUAAGGCUAUAGUCCGUCGGGUGGUCAAGGAUAAGCUCUCCCAUUGCUCCACCGACGGCGAUCUUAACAUCCACAAAGAUGCUCUCCUUGCUUUCUCCGAAAGCGCGAGAAUCUUCAUUCACUAUCUAUCAGCUACGGCUAAUGAUAUAUGUAAAGAAUCGAAAAGGCAAACGAUCAAUGCCAAUGAUGUGUUAAAGGCGCUUGAAGAAAUUGAAUUUACUGAGUUUGUUGGGCCUAUCAAAGCCUCCCUUGAUGAUUUUAAGCGGAAAAAUGUUGGCAAAAAGGCAGGAGCAUCAGAGACAGGAAAAAAGGCGGGGGCAUCAGAGACUGGAAAAAAGACAGGGGCAUCAGAAACCAAUGAAGUAAAAAAGAAGAGGAAAGUAGAAGAGCCUUCCAAGAAAAGUGAGGGUAAAAGCAAACAGAAGAAAGAUGACUGAUAUAGAGAAGAAUGACACUUGCAGCAAGGAACAAUAUUGUUGCUUACCUGGCUAGGGAGACAAAAAUGGAGCAGCACUCUAGUUUGAACUUCUAUUCGUAGGUAGAUAAUUAGAAAGCUAGCUGUUCCACUUAUGUCUUUAUGUCGGCUGUAGAACUGUGGCUCUUAAUUAUUCUAGUGGUUUUUUCGCCUCUUGAUGUUACUCCUUAGCAAAAAGUUGAGAAGGAAUUUGCUGUGCAGAACUGGCUAUGUGAAACGUUAAUACUCCUGAGCAUCUAUGAAAGGUCCAUAUAGGUUUUUCUACCCUCGAA